AUGAACAGACCGAACAUAGUAACGUGUGACAAGGAAAAUCAUUACAGACUGAACCUAUAUGUCCCUUUGCUAGAUAAUAUAUUACAGGAUUUGGUAUACCUUAUCAAUGAAGAAUCGUCGGAUAUAUACAAUUUUAAUAUUUUCUUUGCGUCAGUAUUUAAUUCAAAUACUGAAGCUGAAGUAAUGGACAUAUUAGAAACAAUCUCUAAAUAUUUGCGUGGACUAAAUAGUAACGAAAACAAAAAUUUAAUAAGUACCAGAUUAGAAGGAGAAUUCGACCUUUGGAAGUCACGUACACAAGAUAUUAUAGACAGUGGAAUGUCACUGUAUUUAUCAUGUGAUGAAAACAUUUUUCCUUCAAUUAAUAGAUGCCUACAGUUAUUGAUUUCAUUGCCGGUAACUGUUGCCACAUCCGAAAGAAGUUUCUCCCAUCUAAAGAGGUUAAAAACUUGGCUGCGCUCCACUAUGUUACAAGAGCGAUUAGUGGGCUUAGCUCUUUUGUAUAUGCAUAGGAAUAUUAAAAUCGGCGUGAAUAAAAUCAUAGAUCGAUUCGCCAACAAAAAGAAUAGGCGCCUUGAUUUUGUAAUAUGAUAACACCCGAACUUUGCCCAAGGUUGCCUCUCAAAUCCAUCUCCCGUCUGUUGGCGAAUAAAUAAAAGAGCAGAUGUAGUUAAGGGUUCACUUACGUUUAAACCACCGCGGUGAUCUUUUCCAAAGUAUCCAAUCACGAUAUGUGGUUUUAUUUAUUGGCCAGCAGAUUGAUAUAAAAGUCUGUUCUAAUUCUGUUCAAAUCACUUUCUAAGCUAAUAUAAUGAUUGUUUUAUUUUGAGACUGUGAACUGAUCUAGUUUCAUAACUUAUAUGUAUUUGUUUUUUGAGACUGGCUAAGAGAAUGUAUGCAAUGGAUAUUUUUUUUGUUUUUCUCAUAAUUGAGAAUUUUAUUUUGA